CGGGGGGCUUAAAAGCCGGACCCUCUACUCACUCACACACACAGACACUCACAGACAGACUAGAGCUCAAAGGCACCCAUCUUCCAAACAGCUACAGAGGCCAGAAGCCCAACAGCUCUACAAUCCACCACCAGCCUCCGCAGUCAACAGACCAAGGGUCCGGUUUUGUUGGUCAGAGCCUCACAGAGAGGACCUAGGAUCUCUACUCGUCAAGCUCCUUUUUUGAAUCGCGACACACACACAAACUCUCUCUCGUCAGGAUGCAGGUGUGCACUGUGAUGGAGAAGAAGAAUGGCAUGGUUGUGGGAGCUGAGCUGGCCUGCUGCGUACGGGAGGACAACCCCAAGCAGAGGGAGAGCUACUCGGCAGACUGGCACAGCGUCAACCUCAAGACAGAGCACCAGGACAGGCAGUCCAUGCUGAUGUCCGACGACUCUCGCCGCGAGUCCAUGACCCGCCACUGGGAGUGCCGCCCACUGCGCCAGAACUGCCCGUCUGGCGUGUACCGCGUGGGUACCAUGGAGGUUGGGGUCCGUGAGCACCAGCUGCUCCCCUACCGCAACACCCUGCCCUUGCCCAUCUUCAAGCCCGCCGAGCUGGGCCUGCGUCUGGGCCGCGGCGCCGCACACGUCCCCGAGGACUUCCCCCCAGCCCAGGCCCCCACCGGAGCCUGCCCGGACAAGCGCGAGCUGGCCGAGAUCACCCGGGAACUGCCAGCCGUCAAGCCCACCAGGAUGGAGUUCGCCAAGUCUCCCCGCACCCUGGGCCGCUCCACGUCACAGGAGGUCCAGAGAGGCUGAACUGGGAGAAAGAGAGAGAGAGAGAACGAGAGAGAAAGAGGGAAAAACAAAACAGAGAAAGACAGAAAGAAGGGUUGAGGAGAGGGGUGUAUCAAAGAAGCUAUGGACUCUUGUAGAUGGUGUCAGAAGGAACGUGAUAGAGAAAUGUAAAGGGCGAGCUUAACAUUUUUUUUCCAACAACAUAGACCUACUCUUAUAUGUAUAUAUAGAAACAUAAUGUGCUUGAGUUUAAUGUUUUAUCUCAUUCCCUCCCUUAUGUAACCUGCCUGAUGAAGCUACUGUAUGUGUUUUCAAUGCCCGAGAACAGCUGUUUUAUCACAGGCUGACUGACAGAUUUAUUUUAAACUAAAAACUUAAGUUUGCACUGAUUCACAAAUAGUGAGGCGCUCUAAAGAUUUUAAGAUCUGGAAAGACAGCACAGCCAUGGCCGUUGACCAAACGAGCGAAGCAGAAAGCCAGACUAGCAUGACAGGAAUGUUAGAUGUCCAGUUGUCUCCGCCAAUGUCCCUAUGUGCCCGAGUAUAGCAGAGUGAGGUCAGGGGCUAUGUCUACUGCACUGGGGGGGGCAAACGCAGGCCAGGGUCAGGUCCAGAGCCAGGGACAUGGGCCAUGGGCCAGGACUGCUGUUUUGUCAGCUGCUGGUAAUCCCAGCACACUGUGCCCAGGAUUAGUCUCCCAUAGGGGGUAGAGGAAGAUAGGGCAGGUCGAAUGGAAUGGCGGGCAUGGUCGAAUGGAAUGGCCAAAUGUUCUGGAAUGGAGACCGCUAUGUCUUCACUGACCUACUUUAAUUUGAUACUUUGUACUUUGGAUUUUUGAAAUGAUUAAUUCAUUUCUUUCAAUUAUAAAUUAAUCUAAAUCAAACCGAACCAAAAUUGAGAACUCAUUUUUGUGUGUUGAAAAAAGUCAGAAACAACUAUGGAAAGGCAAAAGUGCAUGGAAAGCAGAGACAAAAAAAGAGAGGCAGUGGGAAAAAAUGCAAGAUGCAAGCUAGACAAGAUGCAAUAAUGGUUGGGGAGAUAGAUUUAAAGAGAGAGCUGAGCAUGAGACUGGGCUGAGAGUACCAUUGGAAGGUGAAGAGUGUAGAGAAGAGACAGAAUAACUGCCGCUACUAAAAUGGAGAACUGAAUGUCCCUUGGCUGUGCUCCCCGUCUCCUAUCACAACAAAGCGAUGGCCAGUGGCAGUACUCCCACUACUAGACCUCUGGCAGUCCUUCUCAUAUAGCCAUGCCAUGAAGGCACAGUACCAAGAGGUGUGACUGCACCGGCAUCACAUAGCUCAAGCUUUAGCAUUCUAGGGGGAUAAA